AUGUCUAUGAGCGCCCCAAACCAGUCCGGAGGCCUACGAAUAAAACCCAAGAUAUACGAAGAAGACCAGACCAAGGAUUCAUCCUGGUACGGUAGGCUGACGCCCGGCGUACUCGCUGCUCGGAGGGUAGAAAACCCACCAAAUCCGGACCUCGUUCGUCUCGCUCACUCCAAGGCCAACGAGCUACUUAAGGAAAGGCUUAAAGGGAGCGUUCUUACUCGUGUUCCGGUCUAUACAUCACUUGAGGGAAAGGGACCUUUCGAAGUCAUUCGUCCAGAACCAGCUGAGCCUCACAAGCCGAAAUGGGCGGAUAUCCACGUUGAUGAGACUCAUGAUGUAGACAAGGAAGAUGUGCCAAGGCCCGAGCAUCUUGAAAAUGAAAGAGAAAAUGUGGUGGAAGUGUUUAACCGUGGACGAAUCCAUCGAAUCGGCGACGACCUUGGGGGGAUGGUGUACGCUUUCGUACAAUUGUAUAUUUAUGUCAUCUACUGGUUUUCUAGUUGGUUUGGAGCGAGUAUCAGGCGACCCGGAAAGUGGAGGCAGUUGGCAUUUCGAUACCCUCCGGUUGAUGGAGGAUGGGAUUUCUUCAACAUCCGCGCAGAGUACAAAUCACUCACCCGUUCCAAUGUUAUCUACUUGAAAAGGAAAAUAUGGUUCAAUCCCGAAACGGGUCAGUACGAAACAAUUACUUUCACCAACUUGGACGAUGAAUCUCAAUAUCGAGAUCGCUAUCCAGGAGAAACAGACGGACUCGACCCUAUCGAAUUUGCAAAAUAUCACUAUCUGGAACCUGACGACACGGCGAUCAAAUGGCUUGGGGAGAAGGUUUUUACACCUAUUAUGACGAUAUUCGUGGGUUUUAUUACUUUUGUCAUUGGUAUCAAUGGGGUUAAGAUUGCGAUAUCUGUGGGGCAUUUGUUGGCGGUAGAGAAUCCUGAUGUUUCCGCCGUAGUUGCAUUCGUGGUCUUCAUUUAG